AUGGCCUCAACAACAAUCUCCCCCACAAAACCAAACCUAACAACCAACGACUCAGCCGUCCUCCAAGCACUGUUCGACGCUGAAUCCUCUCCUUCAAACGGCAUCACAAUCAAUCCAUCUCUGCCUCCCUUCCCAGCUCACCUAAACAUCGACCCCAAGCUCCACGAAACCCUCAAAAACCGCGAAAUAACCAUCGUCCGCACCCUAGCAUCACCCAACCCGACCCCGGAGACCAUCCAAUCCGCCAUAGACCAGCUCUCCACCCUGAUAACAGAACACCCAACCUACCCACCCGCCUACGUGAACAGAGCCCAAGCCCUCCGCAUGCUCAUCUCCACCCACAAUGGUAACCAAGCGGAAGAAACAGAUACAGACCUCUUCACCCCACAAAACGCAGAGACCGUAUCCUCUCUCCUCUCUGAUCUGGGUGAGGCGAUUGGUCUUGCCACGCCGCGGUCACCGGCGGAUCCUGUUUCGGAGGUCCAGGCGCGUUUACUGGCCGAUGCGCAUACGCACCGGGGGUAUUUGUUGCUGAGGUUGGCGAAGGUGAAGAAGAGCGGUGAAGCGUUUCAGGGGCCGGGGAGAUGGAGCCAAUUAGAUGCGGAUCGGUUGGAGGAGAUGGCGAGUCGGGACUUUUUCUUUGGGGGGAGGUUUGGGAAUAAAGUCGCUCAGCAGUUGGCGGUGCAGACGAAUCCUUAUGCGAAGAUGUGUGGGGCUAUUGUUAAGGAAGCAUUGAGGAAAGAGGUUGAGGGGUGA